AUGAAAACAAUAUCACCUUCAACUCUUGCUCUAGUUUUAUUCUAUCUUUGCAACAUCUUUUACUUGGAGGCUUUCAAUGGUGGCUUUAGUGUGGAGAUGAUCCACCGUGACUCAUCAAGAUCACCAUUCUUUCGUCCCACAGAAACUCAAUUCCAACGAGUUGCUAAUGCCGUCCAUCGUUCCGUCAAUCGUGCCAAUCAUUUCCACAAAGCUCAUAAGGCCGCUAAGGCCACUAUAACACAAAAUGAUGGUGAAUAUCUAAUCAGCUAUUCAGUUGGAAUCCCUCCGUUUCAACUUUAUGGUAUUAUUGAUACAGGUAGUGACAUGAUUUGGUUGCAGUGUAAACCUUGUGAAAAAUGUUACAACCAAACCACUCCUAUAUUUGAUCCUUCAAAAUCUAACACAUACAAAAUCCUUCCCUUUUCUUCUACUACAUGUCAAUCUGUUGAAGAUACCUCUUGUUCCUCUGAUAAUAGGAAAAUGUGUGAAUAUACUAUUUACUAUGGGGAUGGAUCAUACUCACAAGGAGAACUUAGUGUGGAAACCCUAACUUUAGGCUCCACCAAUGGCUCAUCUGUCAAAUUUCGUAGAACCGUGAUAGGUUGUGGACGUAACAAUACUGUCUCCUUUGAAGGCAAAAGCUCGGGCAUAGUUGGCCUAGGAAAUGGACCUGUGUCGCUAAUAAAUCAAUUGAGACGUCGUUCUUCUUCAAUAGGUAGAAAGUUUUCCUAUUGUUUGGCUUCAAUGUCUAACAUAUCUAGCAAACUCAAUUUUGGAGAUGCUGCUGUGGUUUCUGGGGAUGGGACUGUCUCAACUCCAAUAGUCACACAUGACCCAAAAGUAUUUUACUACCUAACCUUGGAAGCAUUCAGUGUGGGAAACAAUAGAAUAGAGUUUACAAGCUCCUCAUUUAGAUUUGGUGAAAAGGGAAAUAUCAUAAUUGACUCAGGUACAACACUCACUCUUUUGCCAAAUGAUAUUUACUCAAAGUUGGAAUCAGCAGUAGCAGAUCUGGUUGAAUUAGACCGUGUUAAGGAUCCACUUAAACAGUUGAGCCUUUGCUACAGAAGUACUUUUGAUGAACUAAAUGCACCAGUGAUCAUGGCACAUUUUAGUGGUGCAGAUGUCAAGUUAAAUGCUGUCAACACCUUUAUCGAAGUGAAACAAGGGGUAACAUGCUUGGCUUUCAUUUCUAGUAAAAUUGGUCCCAUCUUUGGGAACAUGGCUCAGCAAAACUUCUUGGUUGGCUAUGAUCUUCAAAAGAAAAUUGUCUCCUUUAAGCCCACAGAUUGCAGCAAGCAGUGAUUGAUUGUUGUUUGUUUUGUUUAGUCUGUGUGGAUCAACAAUAAAAUUAUACAUUUCAUCAAAA